UUUUUUUAUUUUUUACUUUUUACAUCUUACAGUCCAUAAAAGUUAUACUUGGAUAAUGGACGAUUUUGAACAUUCCGAUGGUAAUGUUGCAUUUAACACUUUUAUUGGUGUUUUUGUCUCAAUAUUUGGCAACGCACUUAUAUCAGUAGCACUGAAUUUACAGAAAAAAGCACAUAAUAAUAUCCAGGAACAGCAAAUAGCCCAGUAUUCUACAGAUAUCGAUAAUUCACAACAAUGGAUGAAUAAUGGAAUAUAUUUACCCGAUGAUGAAUAUUCUUCACCUAUAAGAACCUCUUUAGAAGGGCAACAGCAUAAAUUUGUUAUGAAAACAGAAGAUAAUACAGAAUAUUUAAAAUCAAAAUUAUGGUGGUUCGGGAUCUCACUUAUGGUUUUUGGUGAAAUUGGGAACUUCGUUGCUUAUGGUUUUGCUCCUGCAUCAACAAUUGCACCUCUUGGAACAACAACUUUAGUAGCUAAUGUAAUAUUAGCUCCACUCAUGUUAAAGGAAGUAUUUAGAAAAAGGGAUUUAGUAGGUGUCUUUUUGGCAGUUACGGGUGCUGCCUUGGUUGUCUUUAGUUCAAAUUCUGAAGAAACAGCUUUAACACCUGAAUUAAUUAUGGAAUCUCUUGGUCAAAUACGUUCUGUUAUAUAUUUUAUCCUUACUGGAAUUGCAAUCAUAAUAUUAACUUUAUUAUCUCCCAUUUAUGGUUCUAAUAGUAUCAUGAUUGACUUGGGGUUAGUUGCUAUUUAUGGUGGUUACACUGUUUUGUCCACAAAAAGUGUUGCUUCUCUAUUAAGUUUGACUUUUUUUAAAAUGUUUACUUAUCCAGUUUCCUACCUAUUAAUAUUUGUCUUGAUUCUUACAGCUAUUUUACAAAUCAAAUAUCUUAAUAAGGCAUUGCAGAGAUUUGAUUCGACAGAAGUUAUACCUACUCAAUUUGUAUUAUUUACAAUAUCUGCCAUUAUUGGUAGUGCAGUGCUUUAUCAUGAUUUUGAUGGUAUGACCUUGAAUCAAAUGUCUAGGUUUAUAUCAGGAUGCGCUAUAGAAUUCCUUGGAGUUUAUUUAAUUACCUCUAAACGAACAAAGAAGAUGAGCGAUUCAUUUUCUAAUCUAUCUAUCAGCGCUGAUAGUAGUUCAACUAUUGUAGGAGAAAAUAAUGAGAUCACUAUGAACAAUAAGAAGAGAAAUUCUGGUAGAUUAUUCAUUUCAGAUGAUAACCAACAACAACAACAAUCAUCAUCAAGACCUGCUACUAAUAACUCAUUUGAAGCAUGGCAAGGAUAUAAUACAUUAAGCAAUAACACGAAUCAUAAAAGGCAUAGUUCUGUUUUUAGAGGCAUUUCGAUGACAUCACAGCUACUGGACCGUAAUGAUGAAGAGCAAGCAGCAAUUCAGUUACCCUUAUCAUCCUCAUCCAACAACAAUACAACCUCAUCUUUUAUGUUUACUAAUAAUAAAAAGCGUGAUUCUGCUUUGCUAAGCAGUUUCAUUCAUGGUAUUACAUCAGCUAUUACGAACAAUAACCAUGAGAUGAUGACAGCAGAAGAAAAUGACGCUAUUGAAAUCGAGAUACCUACUCCAUCUUCAUUUCGUGAUCGUGAAUUAAUGCCUAUCACUCAAAACAAUAAGAGGGACUCUUUAUCAAGAUCAUUUUUAGUAGAUAUUGAUGUAAAUUCACAGCAGCAGCAACAACAACAAUACAGAGAUUUGUCAUAAUACCCUCUUCCUUUCCCCCCCUCCCUAUUUCACACAUAUUAGACUGUAUACGUAACAUUUUUGGUUUUUUAUUUAUUUAUGACAUAAAUCCAUAUUCUAUAAUAACAAUAAUAAUAAUAACAAUAACAAAUCUAAUUGCUUUAUUCUGUCUUUCUCUUCUUUUUAUUCUUAUCACCUUCGUCUUCUCCUUCAGGUAAAUCAA